GUGUGGUUGCACUGCGUUGUUUAUAUCAGUACCAACACAAUCCCGUAAGAAUUGGUUGUGGGAAAUAAGCAUGGAAGCUAAGUUAAAGAAAGAGCUGGGGACAGCCAUGCUGAGGCCAGCUGGUCAUGCGGGAGGUGGAUGUAUCAGCGAGGGCCAGAGUUACGACACUGACCAUGGGAAAGUGUUUGUGAAGAUAAAUCACAAGAACGAGGCGAAAUUGAUGUUUGAUGGGGAGAUGGCCAGUUUGGAAGCCAUUUUACAGACAGAAACUGUGAGAGUCCCCAAGCCUUUGAAGGUGAUUGAACUUGACACAGGAGGCUGUGCAUUUGUGAUGGAACAUCUGGACAUGAGAGGUCUUAGCAAGUACUCAAGGCACCUUGGAGAGCAGCUGGCAGAUAUGCAUCUUCACAACAAGAGAAAGUUGGAAAAAGUUAAUAAAGAGCAGCAGACAAUAGGAAAAGGAGCUGGACAAUCGGACGUUGUUGAAAAAUUUGGCUUCGGUGUACAGACAUGCUGUGGAUAUCUACCACAGAACAAUGAGUGGCAGGACGACUGGGUGACAUUUUUUUCAAGGCAGAGGCUGCAGCACCAGCUUAACUUGGUGGAGAAAUCCUAUGGAGACAGAGAAGCCAGAGAACUAUGGGCCAGGCUACAGCUGAAGAUCUCUCAGUUUUUCACAGAUGUGGAAAUUGUCCCUGCUCUGCUGCAUGGAGACUUAUGGGGAGGCAACGUGGCAGAGUGUGCAGACGGCCCUGUCAUCUUUGACCCAUCCUCUUUCUAUGGCCAUUCAGAGUUUGAGCUGGGUAUUGCGGGGAUGUUUGGAGGCUUCAACAGGUCUUUUUACUCUGCUUACCAUGAAAAGAUACCUAAAGCACCGGGCUUUGCACAGAGAAACCAGCUUUACCAGCUUUACAAUUAUCUCAAUCACUGGAACCACUUUGGUGGUGGCUACAGGGGCUCUUCAUUAAGUGUUAUGAGGAGCCUGCUGAAAUAAUCACACUAACUUGUAGAACGCUUCACAGUCUUAAGCUCAAACCAAGUGUUAUGUCUAUAUUGACAAAUGCUUAUCUGACCAAAAAUAGUGUGGCUAACCACUGAAAGACGAAAAGUGACAUUAUAACAUUGUUAUGUGUGUAGACAAUACGCACUGAGCAUAACAGAGUAAUGCUGCCCUGCCUGCUACACCUAUAACAACCUGCUUCCAAAAUGUAAAAAUAACAGAAUCUGCAUCUUUCAAUUCCUAUCUUGAAUUGUAUAUUUGAAGGAGAAUGUUUGUAUGAAUAAUCUGUAAGUAUUUUUAAAUUCUUUAUUUUCUGCACUGACUUGUGUAUAUGUUUGCAAACAUAAAUUUUAACAUGCAGUCCUCUUUAAGAAGGAAGGGUGUACCACACACCAAAAAAACUGAGCUCUGGACCAACUUAAGACACCUUGCAUUGCAGCUGUUCUUAGUUUAUGUUGCUUUUCAGUUAAAAGAACAAAUACCAAAGGUUUGAAGAUGGUCUGAACCUGAGUAUGCUUUGGUAUACUGUGAAGAAUUUAUUUUUUUUAAUUAUUUUUUCAUUGCUUGCAUUUGACCAGCACCACACUAAAGUGUACUGCUUCGCAAAGGAUAUCAGAUUUUUCCCAGUGAUAUGAUACUUUAUAUUUUCUCUACAUAAUACCAGACUUAAUGUUGAUGUCAAGCAGACUGAAACACUAAAUGCACUUACAAGAACUUGCUGUGUUUUAAUUAAUCCUUGCAAUACUCCAUAUCCACUGCUAAGCCAACAAUAAAUCCUGCAAGAGACUAAAAUGUUUGUCCUAACCUGCUGUAUUUGUUAUCUAUCUGGUAGAAAACAGUAGUGAAUCACACUUAAGACCUCCAGCAUCAUAAAUACCUCGUAACCCUUCUUAGUGACUCUUUGACCUUCUGCCACCAGAAUAAACAGAAGCUUCUUCUCCCAGUUUGUUGUGCACAUGCAACCUAGUAAAAUAAACAUACACAUAUAAAUCUA